AUGGUACUUGAGACGCCGAGUUUUGAGAAGCCGAGGGAGGUGUGGGGUGUGGAGGUUGAAGUGUUGAAUUUGUUGUCGGGGGUGGGUGUGGAAGGAGAGGAGGUGGGAGGUACGAGGAAAUUGGAGGAAGAAGAGGACGAAAAAGAAGUGGAGGGGGCGAAACAGGGUGAGGCGAAGGAGGACGAGGCGGAAGAGGAAGAGGAAGAGGCGAAGGGGCUGAAGAAGGAGGUAGAGGUGGACCUAGACGCACUAACCAAACGCGUACGCGACGCUGUGAAGCUUGCUAGUUCGUCCUCGUCCUCGUUCUCUGCGAAACCGAGCAAAGCUCUCAGAGCGAAGGCGAAAACGGCUGCUGCGGCGAAGAAGAGCAAGGGGAAGGGCAAGGGGAGGAAGCGGAAGGCUCGGGAUGAAAGUGAUGAUGAUGACGAGGGUGGGGAGGAAGAGGAGAGUGGGUGUUCGUGUAGUGAGAAGGAUGAGUGA